AUGUCAAGCUAUUUUUGUGAAUAAGACUUCAAAGAUUUUACAUCUCCAAGGUUCAUUUUGGAUGGAGCAACUCCACAUGUUGAUCCAAAAGUUGGAUCAAAUUCAGAUGUUUAAUUCCAAUCAGAAAUCAGUAACAUGGAAAGUAUGAGAUCACUAAAAUAGGAGACAACAAAUAAUAAAAACAAAUUAGUGAAAAAGAAUUCACAAAUUUUAUCAAUAAAAUUUGAUGUAUUCUUAUCAAUUAUAUUAGUAAUAAGUAAAUAAGAAAUUGCAAAACACUCGGAGUUAAUUUAAAAAUGAGAAUAAAGAAGAUGAUGGAUUAUAAUUAAAGCAAGUCUUGGGUAAAUAAAUGUUACUCAAAUUUAAAGACAGAUUGCUAUCUAAUGCUCAUCUUUUAACAAAACAAAUGAUGGAAGAAAAAAAGAAUUUACUAAAUUAUUUAUUUUUAGAUGAUGCAUUAUUAGAAGGGAAAAGAACCAAGAAGAAAUAAGCUUUUAGUAAACUUGAAUAAUGUUUUACAUUCCCUGUAUUUUUACCUUAAGAUAGAUUUGUUAAAGUGUGGAGUUUAUUUAGUAUUUUAUGCAGUUUUUUUAUUUUGUGGCUGUCACCCUUUAUUGCUUCUUUUUAAUUGUAGAAAAGCCAAGAAAUUUAAAGGAUUACUGAAAUAGUCUUAUUGUAUAUAUUGAUUGAUGGGCUGAUUGCAAACAACAAAGCAAUUUUAGUGCAAGGAGAAGUAACUUAGAAAUUAAAUUAAUUAGCUUAUUGUAAGCAGAAAAAGAAUCAUCCAAAAUUAUCUUAGAUUUUAAAUAGUUAAUGAUCUAAUUAAUUUUGUCAUCUGGCUAAUCAUGUAUUAAGGAAUAGAUAAUAUUCAGAUUGCUUAAUGUUUGUCAAUUAUUUAAAUUAUCAUAAUAAUAUUCACAGUUUACAAUAAGAUUAACAAUUUUGUUGAUUGUCUUUAUUUAAAUGGACGAUUAAGUGAAAUUUUAGAUUUGAUUUUCUUAAUCAUCUCAUUAUAUUAUUUUAUUCAUAUUAUUGGAUGCCUUUGGCAUUAUUUAGCUCUUGUGUGUGAAGAAUUGAACUAGUAAUCUUGGUUAAGUAAAUAUUCUCUAGAGAAUCAAUCUUACUGGGUAAAAUAUGAUUAUGCAAUAUAUUGGGCCACAAUGACUAUGGUUACAGUUGGAUACGGAGAUAUCACAGCUUCAAAUCCUAUUGAGAUCCUAUUUUCUAAUUUCACAAUGUUUGUCAGUAGUUUUGUAUUUGCAUAUUCUGUGAAUUCAAUAGGAAUGAUAAUUAAGAACUUUUACGAUCAUAAAAAUUAAUAUAAGUAAAUAUAAUCUUUAUCAUUUUAUUAAUUAGAAGAUAAUUAAUACUCAUCAACACGUUUAUGAAGAACAAUUUAGUGGAUGAUUCCAUCUAGAAUAGAGUAAGGAAUUAUCUAAAAAAUUAAGUGGAUCAAGAAGGCAAAAGCAAUCAAGUAGAAGUAAUAAAAAUAACUAAAUUGUAGGCUCAAUAGAUAUUAGAGAAUUUACCAUCAGGGUUGAAAAAUGAAGUCAAUUUCAAUAUCAAAGCCAGAAUAAUAAAAAACGUGAAAAUAUUAUUUAAUAACUUUUCAAAGCCUACUAUAAACUAAGUUACAUAAUAGAUUGAACAGAUAAAUUAUAUACCUAACGAUGUAAUUUAUAAUCCAGAGGAGAGACAUAAAGAUUUUCAUAUGUAAGAAUAUAUUAAACAAAUAGUUAUUAUGUAGAUUCAGGUGAAGUUAAAUUAGUUGAAAUAAGAACUAAGAAAAUUGUUUAGACUUACAAUGAAGGAUAGACAUUUGGAGAAUACUAAUUUAUGAGUGGAUUUGAUUCAAAAUUUAUGAUUGUCAGUUCUCAAUUUACAUAACUCUAUAAAAUUUCAAGACAAGAUUUCUUAAAAGUUCUAUAAAAUAAUCAAAAAGAUAAAGAACUAUUUCAAUAGAUUAAGGAUCAACUAAUUUACUUAUCUGACUAUAGUUUAAUUGGUAAGAAGUGCAGUUUAUGCAACAAUGGCGAUCAUAUGAACAACGAUUGUUUCCUUAUCUCUUAUAAACCGAACUUAGAAACACUAAUAAAACGAGAAGGGUUCACUUUUUAAUAACGAUCUCUAAUGAGAAGAAAUGAUAGACAAAAACUCAAAGUUCUUAGUUCAAUAACUGUAAUUAGAUAUUGUAAUUUAGGGUAUUAUGAAUACAGUUGUGUAAUUUUAGCAAUAUGAAUUAAUCUCUAAUUAAAAUGAAACUCAAACAAUCAUAAGUGGUACCAAAAGAUUUAAAGAUUCAACUACGAGAAGAUAAAGUGAUUUAAAAAUGGAGCCUCAUGAAGGUUCUUCAAUGAGUGAUUUAUCACCUGAUAUCAGAUAAGAAAGAAUUCAAGAUACAAAUACUCUUGCAUAAUAAAAGUUGAAUUCAAGAAAACAAUCUCAAAAUUUAACUGGUAAAUUUGCAACAUCACUUUAAUCAAAUAAACACAUUGAAUAUAAGGAUAAGAGGAAGAUAUCUAUUGGGUAUUAGAGAGAAUCUAGUUAUAUUAGUCCAGAUGGUCAAAGUACUUAACUGAUACAGUAAAAGUCAUUAAAGUAAGGAUUAUCAUCAAACAUAAUUAUUGAAACUGAUGAUCAUAAUAAGCAUAUUAGUAAGUCUUUAAACUUAGAUAUUGAUAAAAUUUAUUAAUUUUAAAAUUACAUGCCUUAAAGCAAUGCUUCAAGCAUUAUUUUAAGUUUGAAUAAAUAAAAAUCUAAGAUUUCUUCAAUCUAUUCUAGCAAUUUAAAAAAAGCAUUCAAAUUCACUUUUUAUUACAAAGUAGCUAAAUUAGCAUGUGGUAUGAGAUUAAUUAUGGCUUCCACUUCGAGAAGACUAUUGAAACCACCUGGCCUUAAGAAAAAUAAAGAAUAAUUUUAAUAAUGA